ACAAUCGAAACCCAGACCCUCCCCGACCGGAUCGCUUCCCGCCUCGCGCUUCGUUCUCCGAGGCGCUUCGACGGGACGUCGCGGGCGGCAGCGGUGCUUGUUCCGCUGGUCCCCCGAGAAGGCGACUACGGGCUGGUGCUUACCCGGCGUGCGUUGGAUCUUCGCCGCCAGCCGGGAGACAUCGCGUUCCCCGGAGGAAUGAUCGAUCCCGAGGAUCCAUCCGAAUUGGCGGCUGCCCUGCGGGAGGGGCGUGAGGAAAUCGGGCUCGAUCCUGCCGGGGUGCGGGUUCUCGGCAGGCUCGACGAUCGACUCACCGUGGAGGGGUUUCGGCUGGUCCCCUUCGUAGUCGCGAUCCCUUCCUCGGCCGUCCUUCGAACUGGCCCCGAAGUGGACGCGGUCUUCGAGGUUCCGUUACGGACGCUCCUGCUUCCCGGGUGCGAGACCACCGAGGUUCAGCGCACUGCAAGGGUCGGGGGUGCGGUCGGUAGAUCCCGUGUUGUCUUUCGGUACCACUACCGCGACUACGACAUCUGGGGCCUGACGGCCCGCAUCAUCAGGGAUCUGCUGGACGUGCUCUAG